GUUACGGCAGGGGGCGGGGCGACGGCGGGGUGGACGCUAGCAUAACGCUAUCAUGGCGCUAGAUAGCAUUUCACUAGUAAUAGCAGGACCUAACUGCUGACAAGUGGCUAAAACAGCCAGAGAAUAUCGAGGGGGGGACAAUACGGCCGACGGUGGUCGGGGGCAACGAUACGCCCGACGGUGGGGGGGCGUGACGCUGACAUGGCUGUAGCUAGCAUUGCAUGUAGCUAGCAUUGCACUAGUAACAGGACCCAACUGCUGACACGUGGCUAAAACACCCGGGGAAAAAUGGGUCAUGUGCUUAGUUUGUUAGCUAGCCUUUGUGGCUACCCUUCUUUUGCCUGCUUGGCCGUUUCAUGCACAGGCACCUGCGGGCAGUAUAGGCCACACUCUUAAAAUUACUGCGGAAUUUUCUAGUUAUUAUUAUGGUUAUCCCCUGAUCGUUGUAUCCCCCCUACUCCACUUCAAAACCUUUCUGGGGGGAGGCAUACUACACAUCUGUAUUGAUCAUUUUGACACCACCCCUUAUAGACACCAUCUCUGGUAGAUUACCUUGGAUAAAAUUAAUUUAUAAUUAGUUCUAUGAUAGCUGCACUGGAUGCCUUCUGAGCUAUCAGGUAUUGUUUUAUGGUGCUGUCGGUGAUGUCCUGUGUUUGUCUAACCUCCUCUUGUUUCUUAUAUAAAUUGGUUACUAUCUCUUAUAAUGCUGUGUUGGAACGACGCAGUUCACUGAUUUCAUUUAACAAUUCUACAUAUAAGGCGUUAGCUGUGUCCCGUGGCUGCACAAUCACAACCGUGGGUUCUGUAGGUACACCUGCUCUGUUUUGUUGAAAUGGGGUUACAUCCUCUUCUGAUGUUGCUUCUACUGUUGUACUCUCUUCUUCAUAGUCUCAGAUCCCCUGCACCAUUUCCUCGUCAGUCAAGCAUCCUGGAUAGUUCCAUAUGUCCUUUGUUGGUGUAGACAGGUCAAACGGCUCCCUGCUGUACAAGAAAACAUGUACAAAAUAUGUUAUAACAUAACCGUACUUCUUCAGAUAAAAUAUUUGAUAUCGCUUUAGUUACCUGCAACCCCGUUUGAUAACGAUGCCACCCAUUCUUUCAAGAGAAUUAUAAAAAUCACCAUGAAUGAUUCGUCAAAUAAUAAAUAUAUAUAAAAUCUUAUAUCAUACUGCCAUUUUCCCUACCUGUGCCAGCUCCCUGGUUGUUGCACCAUUGUAGUCAAUGGUGGUAGACAGCUGAGUCAAGCUCUUUGUGCAAGUCUUACACUCAUGGGCCUCUAAAAGGUGUAAAUACCUAUUAAAAAUACAUAAAACAAAUAUUUAUCACUCAACAAUCUUUAAAGCUUUUUAAUUUAUACCGGUGUGUGUGUGUGUUGAGAACAUUUACUGAAUAGCCUCUUUUACUGAAACACUAUAUAAUAUAUAUAUAUAUAUAUAUUUGUCAAUGAAAUAAGUACUUAACAUAUAUAUGGUCUAUUGCUCCCUCCUUGUAGUGCAUCUGGCUCUCAAUUGAAAUGUCUCAAAUGUGAGAUGUCUGCUUUCCUGAGGGUAGGCACUUUGUGACACUCAGGGCUUUCCUCUGUUAGGCCACAAAAUGUAUCCUGUUUGUGACGGCUAAUAAGAAGACUAAUCAUGCAUUAAGAUGUUAAUAGUAAAUCUAAAUAGAAGCAUCAAUGUCUCACUGAUUUGUUUCCUAUUUUGUGGGGGGCCCCGCAUACCUUUGAAAAGUAGAAGAAGAAGACACCGGGGGUACACUGGGUAGGCCUCUGCUGUUUCGUAAAGAAUCCUGGAGCGGCAACCACCGUGGAUGAGUCCAAAAUGAGGUCGAUCACGGCGCCAAAUAACACAUCUAUAUAUAUGAUGAAACCCCUCCUACAGUGACGUGUUUCCUGUCAAAACUAACGGCCAUCGCAUAAAACACACCCUAAAAUGACGAAUUUCCAAUCAAAACCACGCACACCAUCGUCAAAAUGGCGUAUUUAUGCUUAAACAGUGCACGCCCCCGACAAAUCCACUCGUAAAAUGACGCAUUUCCGGGUAUGCCUACAAAAUUGCAGCGGUUACGCCCACUUCCUGUACACGUCCACUUGUGCAUGCACGAGGUCAAAGGUCACAUGCACAAGCAAAAGGGGGGCUUAUAUACCACUCCCCCCCCUCCUCCCGUGACAAUAAGAUCAGAAGGUGGUCGUCCUGUGGCAAAGACCCAGGGAGCAAAUUCACUGUUCUGCUCUCAAAUUUCACAGGAGAGAAGAGACACGCCAUUCAAAACACCCAAAAUAAUCCCCGUGUCGAAAAUGCUGUAAACAUCCCAUGAGCAACUUCAACCUUCCUGUGAAGAGCAUUUUGCAAGAGGUGCUAUUAUUCACCAAGCAGUCUUCACGUUGUGAGCAAACCGUGCCAGUCUCUCAUUUUGUAAGGGCCUUCUACCCCCACAAAUGUCAGUUUUCUGGAUGGGAGGGCGGUGGUGGUGGUGGCAGGCUGGCGAUAGUUGACAGUAAAUGAUGUGCAUUUUCUCUCGUCAUGAUGUGGAGAUUUAUAUUAGAGAGCUUGGCUUGACCGCUGUGGAUGUUUGGUGUUUUGCUUUGAACGGUGGCUAGACUGUGUUUACUUGCUCAGAUGUUGCAUCUGCCAGGUCAUUGAGGUCUUAACCCCCACCUCCUCCCCCCGCUCUGGUCAGUCCGCGCCUUUAUUCAUGUCUGCUUGGCUGGAAGUGAAUUUAAAAAAAACAACUAGACUAACCUUCAGUGUAUAAAACGAAGAGCUUCUGUACGGCUUGGAUGUGUUACAUUUUUUGGCCCCAUCUGAUUAAUAUCUCUCUUCUACCUGCUGACUUCUAAGCUGUCCCGUCUCAUGCAAUUAUAGUAAGCGUCUCUUCAACCGUCCGCCAGGUCAGUGAUGGUCAGUGCUUUUUAGAGCUUGCAGCCGAGGAUAUCUGCCCCCGAUUCCGACAGCUCCAUCGACUUGCUGGCGAGUGACAACGAGAGCGAGCAGGAGCCCGACUGUAGAGGAACGCAGAGCCAGACCGAAGCUCUUUCCUCCCCGAGCGGCUCGCCACACCUGGACCCGUCUGACGGCGGCGGCCGCCGGACCAGCGAGGCGAAGGUGGGCAACACUGCAGCGAGGUCGGGGACUUCCCCCCCGGCCGCGCGGGGACAUGGGGCGGCACCACGGGACUGCGUCAUGCACAGCAGGCGGCAAAAACGAGCGGCAAAAACAUUCAGCCGGCGCUGAAGAGACCUCGCGGCUCCACAGAGGAGGACUGCAAAGAGCGGCAGCUCAUUUCCAACGUGUCAGAGAAAAACCACAUUUUUAGGAAGUAGUGCAUGGAGCUGCAAUGCUACAUUCAUCCACUGUCAUCUAUCUUGAAUGGCCUUCGUUUAGGGAGAUACAGAGAACGACUCAGCAGUUUCCAGGAGAGUGUAGCCAUGGACAGGAUCCAGAGGAUCAUGGGUGUCCUGCAGAACCCGUGCAUGGGGGAGAGAUAUGUUAAUAUCAUUCUCAAAAUGGAGGAGAUGCUAAAGACCUGGUUCCCUAAUAUACAACUCCGAAACCAACCCACCGUCACCCAGAGAGAAGAAGCUCUUCCUACCAAGAAAGUGAAGCUAUCUGCAGCGACGGUCCCUGAAGCCACGAGCCCCGUCAGCGUCAGCAGCCCUCCAGCAGGCGUCAAAGCCCUGAGAGCCAGUGACCCUGCCGCCCCCGGAGCCUACUCCGCCAGCAACCUGAAGUGGCUCCACACGUCACCCAUCUGCUCGCACACAGCGGAGCGGGCCGGCCGCGGGCACCUGCCGUCCCCCAGAGACCCAACGCAGGACAGCGCUGUGUCCUCCAGCACGGACAGCCACGCUAAGACAAACAUGGCGCCCAGAUGCCCUCCGCCGGGCAAAAUAAACGCACCCUGCCUAGAGAGGCUCCUCAUGUCAACAGAAAGCAUCGUCGUCCGUAAGGGAACGGGUUUGACGGACAGCAGCUGGUCCUAGUCCUGCGUGGACGGCCUGGUGUCGAGCUGUAAGCACCGCCCGGCCCGGCCCGCCGCCGGGAGCCAGACGCUUAGCCCAUUCCAGGCAUCAGGACAGGAGCCCUCAAAAGGGAUGUCACAAAUACCACUUUAACGUGGAUGGAGCGUUGACGAGCGUGGACUCUGUGUACGGGAAUGCGCCCUCUCUGACAAGACAAGUGUCCGCUUUGGUUCCCCUCUGUUGAGUAAUCUUUUCUCUUUGUUUUUUGGGGGUUUUUUUUGUUGCACUCUUGAAUUUGUUGUGGGAGAGCGGGGAGGAUGGAUUUGACAUGCAGGAGAUCACCAGAGCUGGUGAUUUAUUACUAUUCCCACUGGCUUGUAUAGUAGUUUGUAUCGGAGGGGAUUUUUUCUUUAGAUUAGAUUAGAUUAGAUUCAACUUUAUUGUCAUUGCACAGCGUACAAGUACUGAGGCAACGAAAUGCAGUUUAACAUCCAACCAGAAGUGCAAAAUAGCACAAAAUGCAGAGUAUGUGCAUAUGUAAAGUGUAAUAAGUGAAUAAAUAGAUAUGUACAGUAAGAAAUAGAUAUGCAAUAUGAACAGUAAGAAAUGGAUAUGCAAUAUGAACAGUAAGAAAUGGAUAUGCAAUAUGAACAGUAAGAGGUAUUGUAGGUAUAAGUGCGAUUAAUACAGUAAUAAGUGGUAGAAAAAAAACAUUCUGGUGCAAAUGUUCAGCGGCAGGAGGAGAGUGUGGCAGUCAAGCCAGGUUUAGAUAUCCCGAUUCGUCAGUGGUCUACAUAUUGUGCUGAAAAUGUGGGUGAAAUUUUAUGUUACUUUCAACCCCAUGACUCCACUCUUUGAGUUCAUUGGUGUGACUGUUACUCAUUUGUAUACUUUAUUAAUAAGUCUUUUGGUACAACUGUUCUACCUCAGUGGGCACCACGUCAGUGUUGGUGAGCAGGAAUGUGAACUCUCCACUCAAAGUCUGGACACGUCUUCUGCAGCAAGUCGGACGGCGUGUGAUGGGGACGAGUCGUCGCGGAGGAGGAUUCUCUCCCCCCCCCUCGUGGAGGAGGGGGGGGGGGGGUGCUGUCAUGGCCUGACUGGUGCCAGUGUAAAGAAUGUCAACUGCAGAUUUGUUUUUUUGAGUCUCCCAGUAGAAGGCAAACAGUGCCUGUAAUGUCAAGCUGUGCCUGUAAGCCGGUAUGAUGAAGAGGGAGAACAGUUCAGAGAAGCUGCUCCUCUGUGGGAUGUACAAAUCGCGAAUUCUGACUCUUUUUAAUUUGAAAUGCAGAAAAUGAUCAAAUGUUGAAAGAUUGACCAUUAAAGUGUCAUUAUUUACAUUGAA